CCCUCCUACCCCAAGACAAACAGGUUACAUACGGAUCUCGGCGGCCGUUAUAAAAGCCGCCAUCGCCGCCUUCACCGUCAGUCCAACGAAGUCCGCUGUACAGGCAAGAUGAAGAUGCUGUGGCUGUUGACGCUUGCCGCUGGGGCCCUGGCUGCCGACGUGCUCGACCCCAGCGACUGCACCGCCUUCCCGUGCCUCAUCUUCAACGACGAGUUCGACUCCCUGGACCAUGAAGUCUGGGAGCACGAAAUCACCAUGUCGGGAGGCGGGAACUGGGAGUUCCAGGCGUACCUCAACAACAGGAGUGUGAGCUACACCCGCGACUCCACCCUCUUCAUCAAGCCGCAACUCAUGUCGGACUGGAAGGACGAGGCGUUCCUGAGCAGCGGUGAACUCAACCUGUGGGGCAUGAACGGCCGCGGCGACGUGUGCACCGGGAACUCCUACUACGGCUGUAGCCGCGUCGGCACCGCCACCAACCUCGUCAACCCCAUCAUGAGCGCCAGGAUUAGGACUCUCAGCGACUUCGCCUUCAAGUACGGCCGCAUGGAGGUUCGUGCGAAGAUGCCCCGCGGAGACUGGCUGUGGCCGGCCAUCUGGUUGUUGCCCCAGUACUGGCCAUACGGAGGGUGGCCUGCCAGCGGAGAGAUCGACAUUUUGGAGUCCAGGGGCAAUGAUGACUACGGUUCCAUCAGCAACCGAGUGGGCGGCAGCACCCUGCACUGGGGACCCUUCUGGCCUAACAAUUUCUACGAAAAGACCACCACCGAGUACACCGCCGACUUCGCUGACUCAUUCCACGUCUGGCGCAUCGACUGGACCAGCACUGAUAUGAAGUUCUACGUGGACGACGAGCUCAAGAUGACCGUCGACCCCGGUACCAGCUUCUGGGACUUCGCAGGCAUGGACAGCAACAUUUACGACAACCCGUGGGUCGCCGGGGAGAAGAUGGCUCCCUUCGACCAGAAGUUCUACAUCAUCAUGAACGUAGCUGUGGGCGGGACCAACGGCUUCUUCCCUGACGGCAUCGUCGCCAACAAGCCCUGGGCAAACACCUCCCCCCAGGCCUUCCUCGACUUCUGGAACGGGCGUGACAGCUGGCUGCCUACCUGGGAGCAGGGCGAGGGAAAGAUCAGCGAGGGCGCGGCCAUGCAGGUGGACUACGUGAAGGUGUGGAAGAUGGAGAGCGUGGACCAGUGAGCGAGGCCUCCACAGCUAUCCCCAACACCUCGUCUCCGCCACGUUGCUCACAUUCACGACUAUAAAGAAGACAAAAUGCCAUCAAUUCUUUCGUCUUGAGAAAUAUUUUAAUUAUGGUGCAGCUUAUGGCCAGAAAAUACUGAGCACCAGAUUCUUAUUUUACAAUCCGACUGUAUAGUUAAGCUGUGUGCACCCGCCGAGCAUUCUGGCGCCUGUUCGCCUUGUUUGCCUGUAAGGGAUGUAGUGAGCGAUAUCAGUGCUAUAAAUAAGUCGCAAUAUAAGUGCCUGUAAAUGGGCAGCUUCCACAACCAGCAACAACGCCUAUACAGCUUCAUCAUUUUCCAAAGCUUUAGAACAUUUACGAUUAACUAGCAAAACAAAACGCUUAUGUUAACUAUCCCAAUUUCUUUACGUACGCCAUUCGAUAACUACAUGAUGAGCAGAGAAAACGGAGAACAGCAUCAUUCCAUUCCAUUUCCCUACAUCCACCACGGCAGACUAUGAGGGCUGGGAAUAAAGGAGCGACAUGAUU